GAAGCACGAGGAAAAAUCGCCACGGCGGCGCGUUUCAUACCUAUACCUGCUGCUGUGCUGCGUUCUCCGAGAGUCGAAGCAUUCACAGCGCAAACAAGGACGGACACAAUCAACGCACCCAACCGUUAAAAAGUGGGGGAAAAAAGGGGAAAGGAAAACUAAAAAAGGGGCAUUCGGCAGUCGGCACCCCACUUUAUUGCCACGGCCUCAAAGCACCUCCUCCAAGAGCAGUCCGCCAUACUCCUCCUCCCCCUUCUCCUCUUCUGCUCUCUGUUUCUCUUUUGGUGUGUGGGAGAAGUUUUGAUGUCGGCGCAGGAGUCAUGCUGCGGGGGCAUGUUCUGGGUGUACCUGAUGGUGUGCCUGGGGCUGGUGAUGUUCGCGGGGCUCAUGUCGGGCCUCACCCUCGGCCUCAUGUCCCUCAGCCUCGUCGACCUCGAGGUCCUCCGCAAGGCCGGAACCCCUACCGACCAAAUCAAUGCCGCCAAGAUUCUCCCCGUGGUCAAGAACCAGCACCUGCUCCUCUGCACCCUCCUCAUCGGCAACUCCCUCGCCAUGGAGGCGCUGCCGAUAUUCCUCGACGCUCUGCUGCCGGCGUGGGGGGCGAUCCUGAUCUCCGUGACGCUUAUCCUUGCGUUCGGUGAGAUAAUUCCUCAAGCUGUAUGCUCGCGGUACGGGCUGAGCGUCGGAGCCCGGCUGGCUGGGGUUGUCCGGAUUCUUCUUCUCGUCUUCUUUCCUGUCGCCUAUCCCAUUAGUAAGCUGCUGGACUGGCUUUUAGGAAAGGGGCAUUUUGCACUUAUGAGAAGGGCCGAGUUGAAGACAUUGGUUGAUAUGCAUGGAAAUGAGGCAGGGAAGGGUGGAGAGUUGACUCAUGAUGAAACUACUAUCAUUACAGGAGCUUUGGAUUUGACCCAAAAGACCGCUAAAGAUUCUAUGACGGAAAUUGCCGAUACCUUUGCACUUGAUAUAAACUCCAAGCUAGACAUGCACACUAUGGGUUUGAUAAUGACAAAAGGGCACAGUCGUGUGCCAAUUUAUUCGGGUAGCCCAAGAAAUAUUAUUGGCCUUAUUUUGGUCAAGAAUUUGAUUACUUGUCGACCUGAAGAUGAAGUUCCCAUUAGAAAUGUCACCAUCAGAAAAAUUCCUAGGGUGUAUGAGGAUCUUCCUCUUUAUGACAUUCUGAAUGAGUUUCAGAAAGGUCACAGUCAUAUGGCCGUGGUCAUUAAACGCACCAAGGAUAUUGGUGCAUCCAGUGAUAAAAGCAAAAGCAAUAUAAUAGAGAACAGAAUGAACCAGUAUAAGAAAAAUGUUCCUGCUGAUGGUACUCCUGCAAUUCCUGCUUGUGCAGGAGAUGGAUCUCAUGUAGCAUUGGCUGAUCAUUUGGGUGUCACUUUAAAUGCAUCACCUUUGUAUUCUAGUGUUUCUGGAAUUCACAGUCCUCUAAAAAGAAGCAACAUGGAGAAGCAAUAUGUAAGAACACAGCCAAAGAAGUCAGAGCGAGGACGACAUGACAAUAUACUUGAUGUUAAUUCAGAUUCCUUUCCUAGCUACUCAUUAGAUGAGGAAGUGAUUGGGAUUAUUACAAUGGAGAAUGUUAUAGAGGAAUUGCUACAGGAAGACAUAUUGGAUGAGACUGAUGAGUAUGUAGAUGUACACAACAAGAUUAAGAUAAAUAUGCAGCCUCCAAGGAAAAGAUCAUCAUCGAGAUCUCCAGAGCCCACAUCUGUUUCUCAGUUCCCACGAAGAAAUCCAACGGAAUCUCCGCUUUCACCUUAUCAUCAAAGUUCUAUAUUACGCUCUCCUGUUUCGCCUUAUGCUCAAGCUCCUGUCCCAACACCAACCAUAUUAAGCUCUCCUGGAAAGUCAUUUCCGAGUUCACCAACUAAUCAUAUUGUUAUUGGCUCUAGUUCUCCAACUUCACAUCGAGUUUCGAGAAAACUAUAUGAGAAACUUCAGAAGAAUGGUGAGAGCAAUGUUUGAUCGCUUAUCGCGGCUGAUAAGGUUACUCUUCUACCUAACCUCAUCAAAGUUUAAUUAUGUGUUACUUCUCACUGUUUUGUUAAUUAAGUUAAUAGGACAGUAAAUUAUAAGACAUAAAUUAUAAGACAUACUUGGAGCAUCCCACGAUUGUGUUUCUUGGAUCAACAGGUCUUUUAAUCUGACUCUUUAAGAGUUUGAUCCAUAUUUAUAAUGUCAUCUAUCCAUUGAUUGCUUUUGUAUAUAGACAUAUAAGCUCAAACACCAAUAUGCUUUCUUAUGGUUUUUAACAAGCAGAUAUUUUUGAUUCGCCUUUA